CUCAUUUCCAAUUCAAACUCAAAAACAAAAACAAAAACACAACACAGUUUCUAUAACUCAAAACAAGAACAAAAAAAAAAAAAAAAACCCAUUUCCAACGUUAUUUUAUUACAUUCCACAACCAUGUCUUGCUCCGUUGCGGUUUCAAAUUCCUCUGUAUUCUCUCUCUCCUCUUCUUCCCAUUACUACACCAAAAGUUCCAUCAUUUCUUCUUCCUCAGAACCUCUCACACUUGCGCUUCCAAUUCUCAAUUCUCCUUCUACCACUUCCUCUUGUUCUUCACACUCUUCUCCGGUUUUGAAGAGGAAGAGACCGACUAAGCUUCAUAUACCUGUUGUUUCUUCUCUUACUAUUGAUGUCUUGCCGGUGGUACCGUCUCCGUCGUCGGCGAAGAAUGUUGUUGAGGUCGAGGGAUGUGGGUUUUCUGUUUAUUGCAAGAGAGGAAGUAGGAAGCAUAUGGAGGAUCGUUAUUCUGCUUCUGUUGAUCUUCAUGGAGAACCAAACCAGGCUUUUUUUGGCAUAUUUGAUGGGCAUGGAGGUACAAAAGCUUCGGAAUUUGCUGCAAAUAACUUGGAAAAUAAUGUGUUGAAAGAAGUGAUAAGAAGAGAUGAAAGUGAUAUUGAGGAAGCAGUGAAGCAUGGCUACCUCAACACAGAUUCAGAUUUCUUAAAAGAGGAUCUUAAUGGUGGCUCUUGCUGUGUAACAGCAUUGAUCAGAAAUGGUAACCUUGUUGUGUCCAAUGCCGGAGAUUGUCGCGCUGUCAUCAGUAGAGCAGGUGUUGCUGAGGCCUUAACAUCUGAUCACAAACCUUCAAGAAAAGAUGAAAAAGACAGGAUUGAGACACAGGGUGGAUAUGUUGAUAUGUGCCGCGGUGUUUGGAGAAUACAAGGAUCUCUUGCUGUUUCUAGGAGCAUUGGAGAUAGACACAUGAAACAAUGGGUGAUAGCUGAACCUGAGACCAAUAUUAUCAAAAUUGAACAUCAUCAUGACUUGUUAAUCUUAGCUUCAGAUGGAUUGUGGGAAAAGGUUAGUAAUCAGGAAGCAGUAGAUAUAGCUCGUCCUUUUUGUGUAGAGGGCAAUGAUAGACAAGGACCCUUUCAGGCAUGUAAGAAACUUGUAGAUUUAUCUGCAUCACGAGGCUCUAUCGACGAUGUUAGUGUUAUGAUCAUCAAAUUACAUAACUAUAUUUAAAGUCUCUAGAUACAAAAGAAGCAAAGGUUUAUUGGAAGCCAUGAAACACUGACACAGAUACUGAUAUUAGAUACAACAUUAACACACAGAUGCCAGACACGUUUUUAAUCUGAAGCAUAUGUUUGGAUGGUUAGGAUGCCUCCAUUUCAUUCUUAACCUUCUCAAGUAUAGUUAAUCAGAAAAUUAUGAAUGUGAUUUAGUUAAAGGAAAGGUAGCUGUUACCCUUAAAUUAAGAGUACCAAGGUUUUAAUCUAUAUAUAUAAUAUCUGACAAUUUUGGUAAAUUUUUUGUAGAAUGAUCUGAUGUAAUAAUAACCAUUUUUUGGGUACACUACAGAGAUAUUACAAAAGUUUCAAACUUAACACCUCAUGUAAACUACCUUACCAUUUUAGUACCAGUCAAUUCUUAGUAGCUCACCAUUACUAUCACCUUAUGUGGUAAUAAGUGUAUAUUUAUUUUAUUGAAAUUCAUAACCUUUUUUGGUUAAUUCAUAUCUUUAAUUGAAGUUA